AUGAGCAACAACACAUCUGAGGAGCGCGCGAGCCUGUAUUGGCCCCAUGCAGGUCCUGAUGCCUCUGCUGCCUCUAUUGCCUCUGUCGUCAUCGUCCGGGUUAUAGUGGGUUAUGGCGAUGCCUAUGGGCGGGUUAUGGGUGGUUUGGGCAUACCCAUAGGUUUGCACAGGUCUACCUACGCCACUGGUUCACUACCGCCUCACCGCAUCUCGUACAAUAUGAUUCCAGACCGUAUGCAAGCUCAGGGGUUUCCUGUCUUCUUCUUAGGGCGAUACCACUUCGACUAG